AGGCGCUGGGGGUUUGAUUCAGCUAAGACCAUACUCACACGUGGACUUUUCGGACUGAAUGUAGCCUUAUUUUGGUUCAGAUACAUGGCUGGAAAGUCCUAGUGCGACUGCGCCCUAAUCAGAGCCCCUGGAAGAUUGUUGCUGUCUGGGACGUCGUUCUUGGUCCUGGUCCUAAUUUCGUAUCUGGUCCGGAUUUCGGUUCAUGGGUUGAACCCUUGUGCCACGUCACUCAACUCGAACAAGGAGCCUCAAAAAAUUCAAGCAAAAAGGAUACCACAGAGAGAACAAGAGAGAGAGAGAGAGAGAGAGAGAGAGAGAGAGAGAGAGAGAGAGAGAGAGAGAGAGAGAGAGAAGCCUGCAUCAUGGAGUCCCUGUCUACCGCCACCGUCGUUGCAGACAGCGAAAAGGACGCAGUUCCAGUAACAGACCCAGGAACUGAAUCAGGACCUGUUGUUGGUCCAGGUUCAGAGGUCGGUGCAAAGGGACCUGGUCACAUUUACAAGAUCUCGACAGCAACGGAAUGGGGAAAAAUUCAGGCAGAGGGAAGGAUUAGUUUCGACGGCGACAGUGCGACUGAACUUGACCGCAAAUCGGGCUUUAUUCAUCUUAGUACUUUCAAGCAACUUGCUGGCACUCUCAAGCUUUUCUUUGCUGGGCGUUCUGAUCUCUACCUGCUGAAAGUGAAUACCGACAAAAUCGACGGACCGAAAUUGAAGUACGAGGGGUCUGCAUUUGUCCCUUCUGCGCUUUUUCCGCAUUAUUACGGCGACAUCCACGUGGCAGCCAUCGACGAGGCCACGUCACUGAUUGUGGAUGAAUUCCUCCUCAAGAACGUGGACGGCUAAGUCUGCAUGUGCGGAAUGCGCGUGUUCUACUAUUCCUAAUUUAGAAAUAAGAAAAAACUUAAAAAAAGGGCUUAUCCGUUCAUUAUCCGUUCGUUGGUAACUUUUUUUUUUUUUUUUUUUUUUUUUUUUUUUGGGUAUUCGUAAAUAGGGAAGAAUGUACUGACCUACAGAACAAAUCCUGCUCAAGUAC